UAACAAGGACAACCACAAAAACCAAGAUUUUUGUUAUCUACAGUCAUACCCUCUCAUCAUAAUCAAACUCAAAAUCUCAAAAAACAAACUCACUUUUUUUUUUCUCUUUCUUAAGAUGCUUUUUCUUUUCUUUUUCUUAAUCAUCUAAGUUUUAAGAGUGGAAAAAAGUAGAUGUGUUUCAGGCAUGGAGUUAAACACAAACACAACAACAGCUCCUGCUGCUGCUAUUAAAACACCAGAAUUAGCUGAAACUGAAACUCCGAGUCGGAUCCAGCAACCAAAGCCUUUUCCGUUCAGUAAUGGUGUUUUGAAACGGAAAAAUCAUCAUCCUGUUGUGGUGGUGUACAAAGAAUGCCUCAAAAAUCAUGCUGCUAAUCUAGGGACUCAUGCGGUUGAUGGAUGUGGAGAGUUUUUGCCUAUUCCAGCUGCUAACCCAGCUGACCCAACUUCACUAAAAUGUGCUGCUUGUGGUUGUCACCGCAAUUUUCACCGCCGUGACCCUGAAGAACCGCCGCCUAUCGCCACCGCGGCUAUUGAGUACCAACCUCAUCACCGCCACCAUCCUCCGCCGCCUUGUGGGGACCAUAGUAGCCCGAAUUCCCCAUCUCCACCGCCGAUUUCAUCGGCUUAUUACCCAGCUUCUGCACCUCACAUGCUUUUGGCUCUAAGCGCUGGGUUUUCCGGGGAGAAAAAUCAGAACCUGCCCACAUCGACUACGCCAGUAGCGGUAGCAAAUUCAAACGGGAGGAAGCGUUUCAGAACAAAAUUCACUCCAGAUCAGAAGAUGAAAAUGCUGAAAUUCGCAGAAAAAGUUGAAUGGAAAAUGCAGAAGCGAGAUGAAGAUCUGGUGAACAAUUUCUGCAACGAAAUUGGAGUUGAAAAAGGGGUUUUAAAGGUAUGGAUGCACAAUAACAAAACCACAUCUGUCUCUGGCAAGAAAUUAGAUCAACCAAUCACCGGCAACGGCGACCACCAGAAUGGUAACACUAACAAUAUUGUUAAUGGGUUUUGUAUUGUUAGUAGAAAUAACACUACUCAUCCUGAUCAAAACAACACUGACUCGGAAUUUCACAUUCACCAUGAAAGCAGCAUGAACGAUGACAACAAGAAGGAACAUUUAAGUUUUGAUGCUAAUAAUGUCGUUGUCACUAAUGGGUCUUCUUCUUCAUCUUGAUUUUAGAUUAGUUUGAAUAAUGUUUUAAUUUGUAGUAGUAAUUAGUGCAAGGAAGAGAAAAACUUUGAGGCUCCUACUAUUACUCUAUCUCUAUAUAUUAGUUACGUUUAUUUCUUUGUUCCUAAAGAUUAGUGCUUAGCUUUAUGAAUCAUGAUAUGAUAACAAUGAAAAUUAAGAUUGUUCCAAGUUCCAA